UCACUUAGGUUCAGCAGGCUCUGGGAACCACAGGAUGGGGCUGCCUGUACCUCCCAGCCCCUGGCACGUUGGCGGGAGCUGUGUGGCACUUUGGGGUUCUGAGCCAUUCCUUGGAACCAUCCGUUGGUGAAAAAAAGAGGCCUAGUAUCUGCUGGCUUCUCUGUUCCCCUGGUGGACACUGCACAGGGGUCUGGGGUUCCCCUCCCUGGUCACCACCCCUCAGUCGCCCCCGCCAUCCACCUAGUCAGGCUGCUACUCACCCUGGGCGGGGAGUGUGGCCCGACGGGUUCCACGGGUGCGUGCAGAGGGUGGUCCCCGCCUCAGGGAGGGGCACUUGGGUACCUGGCCUCAGUCUGACAACAGAAGGGCCACAACAGGGACGAGCUGCAGACUGGAGGCCUCCGCAGACUCUUCAGGGGUGUCCUUUUCCUCAACUGUUGCUCCCCGUCCAACCCUGAGCCAGCUCUGCGUCUGAUCUCCCGGUGGCCCGCAUGCCCUGCCCUCGGCCGCCCUGGCUCCGCCGCCCGCGCAGCCCGCAGGAAGGCGCGGAGGAGGAGCCCGGAGAGGGAGACGGCAGCCCGGGCGCGGGCCCCAUGCUGUCCCCCGCGUCCCCCACCGAGUGCCUCAUAUGCGUGUCGCCCUUCGACGGCGCCUUCAAGCUGCCCAAGCGCCUGGACUGCGGCCACGUCUUCUGCCUCGAGUGCCUGGCGCGGCUGUCCCUGGCCACGGCGGGCGGCGGCGACGCGGUGUCCUGCCCCGUGUGUCGCGCGGCCACGCGCUUCCUGGUGGGCCCUGGCAGGGUGUCCCCAACACUGUCACCAGGAGCCGUGAACCCUCCCGUGGAGAAACUGCCGUCGUCCCCAGGGGCCCUCCAGAAACACCCUUGGUCCCGGGGGGCCACCUGCAGCACCCCUUGGACUCCAGUUCCUGUGGCCGGCAAGCUCAGGGUGCCAGCCGACCUUGGAAGUGUGCUGAUUGCUGGGGCAGCCGUCACUGCCACAGGGCCCUGGGGAGCAUCAGCUGCGCAUCUGAAGGCCGGGCACCUGUUUCUCGGGCUCCUACUCCCUGGUCAUGCCGAGACAGUGGCCCCAUAG